AUGCUACCUGCUGAUCAUCGCUUGCUUACACUCUAUAAUAUUGAUGAUCGAUUAAUAAUUGCUAUUAUUCGACAUGAUCUUACAACAGUUCGAUGUAUUCUUGAAUCAAAUCGAUAUCGUACAACAAUAAAUCAAAGUCUUUUUUUUUGUUCAUAUCGAGAUGAUUUUAAUCAGCCUUUAACACCAUUAGCUGCUGCUUGUCAUUUUGGUUCAUAUGAAAUAGUUGAUAUAUUAAUAAAUUAUUUUCAUGCUAACAUUAAUAAACAACAUUUACCUGAUUGUAAAACACCACUUCAUUAUGCUGUAUUAGCAAAAUCAAAUCGUUUUGAUAUUGUUCAAUUUCUUCUUCAACAUGGUGCAAAUGUAGAUAUACAAGAUCGUCAUGGUACAACAGCUUUAAUGUUAGCUGUACUUCAUUCUUAUGAUGAUAUAGUACAUUUAUUACUUGAACAAGCCGGUGCAAAUGUACGCAUUUAUAAUCAAUAUCAUUUAACAGCAUUUGAUUUUGUUAAAUAUAAUAUUUCAAUAAUAAAUAAUCUUAUACGUUAUGGUGCCAUAUCAUUUAAUAUAAAUGAUAAAAAUUUAUUUCAAUGGUUAAUUAUAAAUAAACAUAUGCGUUUAGCUCGUUUAUUAAUUGAAGCUGGUUAUACACCACCAAUAACAUUAUUUCAACAACGAAUACGUUCAUUAAAAAGUUUAUGUCGUUUAAAAAUACGUUUUCAAAUUUCAGGUAGUCACUUUCGACAAUCUAUUGAAACACUUCCGGUGAAGAAUAAACAAUUAAUUAAAUAUAUUUUACUUGAUGAUAUAUAA